AUGGCCGCAGACCCUUCACUCGUCGACUUUGUCCGCGUGCUGCGCGAGACGGCACUCGAACAGGCCACCGCCCGCUCCGAGGCACUCAACCAGCGCAGCACACCAGCACCGCCGCGUGACUCGUCCACCGCCAACGAUGACGGCGGCGACGACGACCAAUCGCCAGACGGCGCAGGCAGCGUCAGCCCGGAACUCGACCUGCAGAGCCUCGUCGAACUCUACCACGACGAAAGGGCGCGCAACGAUGCCAUUCAGGCCAACCUACACGAGAGACUGGCACAGCUCGUAGAGCAGCAAUCAACACGCGCAGAUGAGCAGCGCCCGUCUCUGUCUGCAUCUCGUGUUGCAAAAGAGCUCGAGCUCGAACGGCUUGAUUGGGAGAUAGACCGACUCCAGAAUGACCUCGCCCACGCCCCCGAGCCGCUGCCCUCGGCCGUGUCGGCGACGACGACCCGCGCAGCGCUGGCAGACCUCUGCUCGCAGUACGCUGCCAUCCUGCCGCGCCUCGAGCGCCAGCUGACGACCGAGCAGUCGCUGCUCGCCUCGGACACGCAGCUCUUGGCAGACCUGCGCAUCGUCGAGGCCGGCCUGCGCAAGCGUCUCGACCAAGUCGAGGCUCGCCUGGCGGACGAGCGCGAGCAGGGCAGCGAAGAGGUCCUCAAGAAGCUCCAGCGCAAGACUGAGGCGCACGACACGCAGAUGCGCAGCCUGCUCGGCCAGCUCAUCAAGCUCACUUCGAACCUCUUUGACGACCGCCAGCGCGUCAAGUCGAUGCGCUUCUUUAUCGAGGAACUCAUGAACCGCGCCUGGGACGUGCCGCAGGACCCAUACCUGCAGGUGACUGGUCCGAUCGACGGUGGGGCGGUGGGCGACCGGCCGCAGCGCAGCUACGAGCCGGCCCUCGUCGAGCUGGCGGUGCGCGCCAACUUUGCCGUCCAGCACCCGCGCGACGCGCGCAAGCUGCGCCUCGUCGCCUUUGGCCGCCCAACGAGGGCCCGGGCCUGA